AUGCUUAAACGUUUGAACUUGCGUAGACGUGAAGAAAGCAACCCAGAGGAUAUUGCUCGUGGAAUAGUACAGGAACAUCGAGAGGGGAAUUCCGGACUAGGUUACCAAGCAGCUGGGAGAAUGUUGUUUAUAAGAUAUGGAAUCAGAGUUUAUCAAAAUACAAUUGUUCGUUUGAAAAAAAUGUUCUGCAGAAGAAUUGGAGAAUCUGGUUUGGACCCACCUACUGAAAUGGUGCAGUUCAGUGUAUCUAUUCAAUUCAACACGACGGUACUUGAACCUAAAGAAGGAUUGAGGAUGGACAUUAAAGCUGAUCCAAAUUCAACGGUGUAUGUUAUGAUUGAAGAUAAGAGGAGCAGACUACUGGGUACUGGAAAUGAUGUGUUUGACAAUGAGAUUGUGUCAAUGGUGGAAAACAUAGCUUCGUACGAUGAUGAUGUGGUAAUGCUGUCAGAUAUACCUAUAUUUACCAAGACCAACGCCAUGGAUUUACUGAUGUUUAAUACAAAUCUUCCUAAACAGUGUUUUCAUAUCACUACUCCACCUCCACUACAUGUAACUUUCCCAACUUGGAUACCUGGAAUGGUCCCCACUCCUGCACCAGGUGCUGGUUUUGGAUCUCCAUAUAACUUUCCAACACCACCACCUGGUAGAACAUAUUGGCCAGGGGGACAAACUACUGUCACUACAGAACCUCCUCACAUUGUUGCUAAAGAAUUUAUCCGACUGCGGUUUCCCGAGACAUGGUUGUGGGAAGAACAUCACGUUGGGUAA